UGCUGGAUUUCAAACGUUACCUGGCAACACUAGCACUAACAACUGAUUAAAGUCGGGUGUCGCUAUAACUUUUUGAAACAAACGGCAAGAGGCGCGACGACGGACCGAAAAUUCAAUUGAAUUCUGUGUGAAAAGACGCGCCAUCCAAACGACAACCGCUGGCAUUUGAAUAAAGCCAACCGACUGAGGGAAUACAAGCCAUAUCAGGAAUCCCAAAGAUGUGCGACGAAGCCGCCACCGAAACUCUGGAGCAUCCAGAUCAUCAUGUCCACUUCGAUGCCGCCACGUUGAAGGACGACUUCGAGUCGGACAGCUGUGUGACAUAUCAGAGGUCGGGCGACACGAUCGUGGUGAGCCUGGGCUUCCUCCAAAUCAAUCACCGCUACCUGAUCGACCUCAAGCUGCCCACGUCCCUGUUCGGCGACGCCAAGGCCCUUGCCAGCAAGUUCGAGCCGGUGGUCAGUGCCACGCCCAAUCUGCACUGCCGGAUCACCGAGUUCGCCGGCACCAAGCACGACGAGCACGACUUCUUCGAGAUGAAGAUCGAGUUCUUUGCCUACAAGGAGAAGCUGCUGCGCGAGGUGCUGCACAUUGUCAGCUCCAGCAAUGCCAAGGAGCUGCUGCAGCUAGUGAUCGCCGCCAGGGUGUUGGGCAAGGGCAAGGGCACGCCCAUGCUGCGCACUGGGAUUCACUGCAUCGGCGUGGAGAGGGACGAGGACGAGUCAGAGGCUUCGGACUUUGCAGGAUUCGACAGCGGCAAGCCCUAAAGAGGAGUCACACGCCCUGCCGCGAUUUGUUUUCCUAGUUAAUUGCAGAUAUUUACAUAGUUUUUAAGUAAGAAAGAUGGCAGGCGAGGAGAACAAUUUGUAAAAGUUAGUUAUUAUCUAACAAUAGCAACCAAUUGUGUAUGUAAAACUCAUCGAGCAUUUACGCUUAGGUUCCGGUUUCAGUUUCGGUUUCGGUUUCUCGGAUUCACUUUCAGUUUCUGUUUGUUCUGUUUUGUACUUAACAAUUGUCAAGCAUGCGGGCAAGUUGCCAGGAAUUCCCCCCCGAUUUGUAAUGUUUACUAAUUGGCCAAGAACUUGACGUUUGUAAACAAAUUUCAUGAACAUUUCGUGCCUCAAUUACCUGAUUUUCGGAUUAAUUUGCAUUUUCAUUAUAGAUUUGUGUUUUAUUUUUAUUUAUUUAUGACAUAAAGAGUCAUUUUAUGUUUACUUUGUAAACUGCACUGUACAUACAUUGUAUCCUUCGUCCUUAAUUUACAACUUAUCCAAAUUGUAACCACAGAGACCAAGCUGCGGCCCAUUUAUUAGUGAAAUGAAGAGAUCCUGGCAAGUCUAAUGCCCGAAAAAAUGCAAAACCAGACGCAAUUUAAUAAUAAACAAUUCAAGGUGCUAACCGAUGCAUUAUCUAAACGGA